UUAAGUAGGUUUCGUUUAGGUUCAGUUUGAAAAUGACGCACUAGUGAGUGCUAUUACCGGGGCUACCCCGUUUCCCACCAAUCAAAUUCUAUAUCACAUAUUGAACAAAAAUCAAGUUCAAACUAACGUUCAUCGUAGUAGCCCGUAAAUUAUUGUAACAAGUAACAUAGGUUUCCAAAUUUCAUAAUUCAAUCGGCAGUAGAGAAGGAAAGAGUUACAAAAUUCAUAAUUCAAUCGGCAGUAGAGACGGAAAGAUUUGGCAGAUCCAUUAAGUCAUUAUAACCAUAUAUCACCUAUUUAAUAGAGAAGGAAAGAUGCCUCGCCGCCGAGCUGUUUCACGUCGUAAGCCGAUGACCAAGACAGCUGACCAAACGGAGAUGGUAUGUCUGGCUCAAACCAAGUCCGAAGCUGCUCUGGAGGAGACCGAUGAGCUUGAGAAGUGCGCCAAGAAUCAAGUGGACACUAACACCAAGCGGGAGGGUACCGAGCCCCCAGACAGCCGAGCUCGCAGCAGCUCCUCUGAUCGCGAACGUUGCGGCAGUCCCCAGGGCUCCCAGCCGCCGCACCCCCUCGAACAAUCGUUGGACCAGGAUAACCCCUAUGAUGUGCCAGCCGUAAUGUUCGAACGUUGGCCGCGCGCCGAUGAGUUGGUGCUCUCCGACGCCGGCAGCCCGCUGGCUUUCAAGAAAAACUGGGAUGACUGUGCUGAUGUGUACAUUUACUGCCAGAGUGGCGUGAUCACCGUGAGGCCCUACAAAAUGAACCCAGUGCCCAGUAAGCACAUUAUGAUGCAACUGGACGAGAAGGCACUCAAGCAAGUGAAGAUCUUGCAUGCCCAUCUGGGAGUGCUUAUUGACAUGGCCUCCAAAGUGGGCGAGAUGUAGGAUAUAUGGAGAUCGAAUUAAUAAUGACAGACAGCUACACUUAACACAUACAUACUUCAUACGUCAAUAUUUUAUUUCGACUCCUUCAUUUUCAUAUUUUAAAUGGCUCUGUUCAAUUGUUUCUUUGUUGUUGUUCGCUUGCUUGUUGGUUGUAAAAUGAAUUAAUACAUUUAAA